GCCGGGCGGGCGGCGGGGGGCGCGGGCCGGGCGCGGGCCGGGCGGGGGCCGGGCGCGGGCGGGCGGGCGCGCGCGCGCCCCUCUCUCAGCAGCGUGGCGGGGCCGCACGCUCGCCCGCCGCGGCGGCUGGGCGCGGUUUGCGACAGCGGGGGCGGCUGCGCGGCGGGCGCGGGCCGGGCGUGCUUGACGGCGGUGUGGCGGCGGCCCCGCCCCCGGCCCCGAGCCCGCGGGCAGGCGGCGGAGCAUGUCCGAGAGGGACGCGGCGCCGGCGCCGGCGGGAGCGGACAUGCCCGCGGCCAAGAAGCAGAAGCUGAGCAGCGACGAGAACAGCAACCCCGACCUUUCCGGCGACGAGAACGAUGAUGCUGUCAGUAUUGAAAGUGGUACCAACACUGAGCGCCCUGAUACACCUACAAAUACACCAAACGCGCCCGGAAGAAAAAGUUGGGGGAAGGGAAAAUGGAAGUCAAAGAAAUGCAAAUACUCCUUCAAAUGUGUCAAUAGUCUGAAGGAAGAUCAUAACCAACCAUUGUUUGGAGUUCAGUUUAACUGGCAUAGUAAAGAAGGAGAUCCGUUAGUGUUUGCAACUGUGGGAAGUAACAGAGUUACCUUAUAUGAAUGUCACUCACAAGGAGAAAUCCGGUUGUUGCAAUCUUAUGUGGAUGCUGAUGCUGAUGAAAAUUUUUAUACUUGUGCAUGGACAUACGAUAGCAAUACAAGCCAUCCUCUACUGGCUGUGGCUGGAUCUAGAGGCAUAAUUAGGAUAAUUAAUCCCAUAACAAUGCAGUGCAUAAAGCACUAUGUUGGCCAUGGAAAUGCUAUCAAUGAGCUGAAAUUCCACCCAAGAGAUCCCAAUCUUCUCUUGUCAGUAAGUAAAGAUCAUGCUUUACGCUUAUGGAAUAUCCAGACGGACACGUUGGUGGCGAUAUUUGGAGGUGUGGAAGGGCACAGGGAUGAAGUUCUAAGCGCUGAUUAUGAUCUUUUGGGUGAAAAAAUAAUGUCCUGUGGUAUGGAUCACUCUCUUAAACUUUGGAGGAUCAAUUCAAAGAGAAUGAUGAAUGCAAUUAAGGAAUCUUACGAUUAUAACCCAAAUAAAACUAACAGGCCAUUUAUUUCUCAGAAAAUUCACUUUCCUGACUUUUCUACCAGAGACAUACAUAGGAAUUAUGUCGAUUGUGUGCGAUGGUUAGGUGAUUUGAUACUUUCCAAGAGUGGCCGUGCCAUUUUACAUUCCCAGCAGCAAUGUAAGAAAGAUCCAGUGUCUUCGAAUCUUCGCCGGCAUUUGUCUUGUGAAAAUGCCAUUGUAUGCUGGAAACCUGGCAAAAUGGAAGAUGAUAUAGAUAAAAUUAAACCCAGCGAGUCCAAUGUGACUAUUCUUGGACGAUUUGAUUACAGCCAGUGUGACAUUUGGUACAUGAGGUUUUCUAUGGAUUUCUGGCAAAAGAUGCUUGCAUUGGGCAAUCAGGUUGGCAAACUUUAUGUGUGGGAUUUAGAAGUAGAAGAUCCUCAUAAAGCCAAAUGUACAACACUGACUCAUCAUAAGUGUGGUGCUGCUAUUCGACAAACAAGUUUUAGCAGGGACAGCAGCAUUCUUAUAGCUGUUUGUGAUGAUGCCAGCAUUUGGCGCUGGGACCGACUUCGAUAAAAUGCUUUUUUCCUGUCAAAACUAGAGUGUGUUUUCUGUGUACAAUAGAGUUCAUGUAUCUUGCUAGUAAGGGCACAUAGAGCAUUUAGAGUUGUCUUUCAGCAUUCGAUCAGCUGAGCUGAAUGUAGUGAUGUUUACAUUGUUUAUACUCUUUGUACUGUCUUCUGCUCAGACUUUACUGCUUUUAAUAAAAAUUUAUUUUUGUAAA